UAUUUCACUGAGGAGGUACAGUUAUCCCGAGCCCUAUGAAAUCUUCUUCCGUAAGGGGGCCUGGUCGCAUUGCUAAAGUUACGUAAAUAGCACAUGGACUGGUUUCACUGCAACAUGUGUUUCCUGGAUAAGAAUGAAACCUUCUAUAUCACCAACUGUGGGCACAUACACUGUCAGAAAUGCGUCACACAAGAUAAAUGCAGCGUCUGCAAAAGAGCCUGCAAAUACCUGCAAAUAUCAGAUAAUAUGAAGCCUCAGGAGAAGAUAUUUUUCAGACAUCACAAGCAGAUAGCUCAGAAGUACUUUGAUCAAAUUACUCAGGUGUCGAGCUUUCAAAAGCAGCAGCUUGAACUUCAAAUGGCCUUUUAUAAACAUUACCUUUGUAAGACUCAGCGUGCAUUACAAGAUGCUCUUCAGAAGGUCAACAGCCAAGAAAGCGAGUUGAAAACCGUGAAAAAAGACAAUGCAGAACUCAGAACCCUGGUUAGUGCUCUUAAGGGUUCUUUGACCAGAUCACAAAACAACAACAGAUUGUAUAUACCUCGACCUGUUGCUAUCACCUCUCCUUCUCAGACAGUUACUCCUCAGCAAAGCAACCAUGAUACAAGCCGCUCAUCCUCUGCGGAAUCACUGUUACGUGGAUUGUCACGCUCAGGAGGACAGAGUCAGCCACUAUCAGCAGGCAGAGUACAGGAAAGGACCACACCAAUAUCCAGUUAUGAAUCGCCAAUGUCUACAAGGAGUUCCUCCAAUCGCAUGUCUUCACAGACAUCUAAUGUGCUAAACGUUCCCCUUUUGGAAAUGCACUCUAAUGUAUCCAGAGAUAACAGUCAAACACAUAACUCUCCUCGAAUAUAUUCAGCAGGUGGUUUGAUGGAAUCCAAUAUGACACCAUGUAGCAGUACUGAUCGUCUCAGAGCCCUCCGGCUAAGCUUCACUCCAAGAACUCCAGGCUCUUAUCACUCUGCAGCGGUCUCCAGCACUAAGAAUUAAAAAGGAGGGCAGUUCAGAUCAUUGCUGCAAACCCAGGGAGUCCCCCUGCUGUGAAUUGUAAUAAAGGUUACCAAUGUCCCAACUGCCAUUGUGUCAUUUUGCUGAUGAGCUGUGAUCUACCAUCCAGUUUGAUGACCCUGAUCCCAGGGUGACUGUCCAGGGUUGCCUUCUGCUGAGCAAAACCUUUAGGAUUAUGUCACACUAGGCAGACAAACAGCCCAUGGGAAUAGAACUUUACCCAUCUACCCAGUGUGUUAAAUGCACUGACAAGCACUGUGGCAGCCUGUGUGCACACAAAGAGCAGAUUUAAUCCAGAAUGCUACGGUAUGCAUAGCGAAAUCCGCUGUAUGUGUACUUAAAUUGAUUAAAUGGUACCUAAUGCUUGCA